UUUAUGGAGUCAGAAUUUCUGCUUUUUUUUUUCUUGUCGUUUUGUUGUUUUAAAUCGUUUUUGUUUCAGAUAUCAGAUCGCCAGCAGUUUUGGCCCUCGCGGAGACAUGGGGAGAAGGAAACCCUGACAGAGCUCGAGCAUCGGUGACAUUUGAAGUGGUCUCACGCCUCACCAUGGUGGACAUCUCCGUGAAAAGCGAAGCUGCUUGGGUGUGUCAGACUCCGGGACGUCGUCUGGCUGACGUUCUACUUCCUGUCAACCUCGGUAAUGAAGACGGCGAUGAGGAAGAGCUUGGUGCUUCGGUCAGGAAGGACACGGGCGGCAGGGCUGGUCCGGUUCUGCUGGAGCGGCUGGAGGACGGGGAGCCCUGCGUCCUGACGCUCCGCUGCAGCCCCACCGCCUCCUCCUCCUCCUCCAUCCGCCGCCUGCUGCUGGUCACCGAGGCUCGGACCAUGGAGGUGUACGACCGGGCGGGGGAGUACUGCGGGACGGUGCGGGGCACCAAGGACCAGAGCAUCCAGCCGGACGGAGCAGACAGAGGUCCGUUCUACAGGAAACAGCUGACGCUCCAGCACCCGUCCUCGGCCUGCGACGUGAAGCUGCUCUCCCUGGCAGGUCGAGGCAGCGUCCAGGUGUGCAGCGUCGUCGUGGGUCUCCAGUCCCUGCAGCCCGGCCCGGACCGAGGCCCCGGCAUAGAUCUGCAGCAGGUGCAGAGUCUGGUCCAGGAGAUGGGGACCAGUCUGUCUCCCGCCGCCCAGAACCUCAUGGACAUGGUCCAGCACCAGCAGAAGAAUCAGACCGGCUCUCUGGGAAGCUUCCUGCCUCUGCUGAUGGGCGGCGGCGCUCUGUCGGCGCUGGCCGGAGGUCUUCACGCGCCCCCGGCGGGCCUGAGGAGUCAGCGUCAGCCCGCGGACUUCACGCAGCCUGCAGACCAAACUCCACCGUUUCAGAACGGAGGAACGUCGGAGGACUCCAGCGCCGCAGAUCUGUCUCCGUCCAGCGCCGACACCACGAGCAGUGAGGGUGGAGUCCCGGUGAGCCACGCCCACCUGGCGGAGAUGGCGUCGCGCUUCCUGAAGGGGCGGGACCACGGACACCUGGGCCCCGAGCUCCUGCCCAUGCUGCAGAGCGUCUGCGGUCAGGUGACGCAGCUGCGGCUGGAUAACGCGGCAGAGGCGGAGAAGGAGAGGAUGGAGAACGGCACAUGGGAGCUGGAUUCAGCCAUGGAGCGGCGUCUGGAGGAGAUGGAGAGGAGGCUGAAGGAGCACGUGGAUCGUCGCCUGGAUGCUCUGGAGCAGAAGCUGGAGAAGGUCCUGCUCAGCGUCCUGCCGAUGGCCACGCUCAGCCACCAGGCCGGGGUCAAGUCCCCCGGGGGGGCGUCGGAGCAGGUCACCCCGACACACUGAGCUCAGAGCAGCUGAAGGACUAACCGAGAUGUGACCUUGAGGCUCAAACUGGACUUAACCGCUAACAGAGACGCCAUAAAGCAUCACUAAAACGUCAGACUCACUCCUAACUAUUAGCAGCAGGUUGCCCUCUAACGGUUUCUGCUCAACUCUUAUCCCCGGUUAAAAAAUGCACACGAAUGCAGCACUGUGAGGUCUGAACAGAUGGCCCUGAACGCACCACGGAGCUUUGACGCAAUCAUUCUUGUUAGAAGCCGAUAGAAAGGAAAAACAUAAGUUUGGCUACAAGAAAAAGUGUGAAAAAGUAAGUAAAACUAAACAAAAAGAAACUUAUCUUAUCUGGGGUUUUAACACCAGCUGAUGCAAGUGGUCCAGCGGUCCCUCGAGCUCUGGACGCCAACUGGACUUCAGCGUAACGUAACACGUCUUCACGUCUCAACGAGUCAAAAAAAAGCUUGAACACACUUUAAAGAGUGAAGUUGUGAUGAAGUUGACCUCUAAGACGCUGAUCCGGAGUGAACGGUCCGAUCUGCUCGGUUCGGAUGAAACCGGUUCAGAAGAAACACACUCCAGUUACACCAGUGAGAAACUGUGUUUUAUUAUUAAUGUUUUUAAUGUUGUUCGUGUCUUGACCUGUGAUGUUGAACUGCACUGAUGUAACAAAUAAAGCUGUAUUUAUAGACAA